AUGGUCAACUGGCUGUACCAGCAACAGAUGGAGAGACUCUGGACAGCUGGUGGAGCGGACGAGGGAGUGGUGCUGAAGAAGGCUCGUCAAGCCUACACCUGCUGCCCGGCGGACAUGAUCGAACACCCCUCCGGCUUCUUCAAGAACGUUGAAGCACUCAAUGUGCGAGUGGCAAUGACCGUCAACACCAGAGUCAUCAAGCUGUUCCUUCACCGCAACGACAAGCCUUAUGUUCCCCUCAAGAACGGCUUGCGUCUGCAGGUACUUCCCGACAUCUCUGCUCUGCCACGCUGCCAGAAACAUCACUUUGCUGCCUUCAUCGCCGACCGCGGGAUCCUUGUCGUCUGGGACGAUGAGCCCCGGCACCUGCUGGACCGCGCACAAAAGAUCGAAAAGGCGUUGAUGGAGAUGAUCUGGAACGAUGAUCCCGACGAAGACUCCGACUACAAUCCCGACUCCAGCAGCGGCAAAGACACCACCUCCGAAGAAGGCGACGUGGAGAAGGGCACGCUGGAGAAGCCUCGCAAGAUCAUGAUGUUGAUGCCCAUCAUCUCCGCGUGCACGCUCGGCCUCACCACUCUCGCUCUUGGAUCUGGCUUCCGCUCCGUCGCCAUCGAGACUGAAAUCGACGCUUCCUACGUUCGUCUGGCCUUCUUCUUGGCCUUGCCGGCUGUCGUCUGGCUAUCACUCUUCUUCUUCCAGGCUCUUGUCGGCAACGUCGCCCAGAUGAUUGGACCUGUCAAUCAAGUCCAUCAGAAUACAAAGUUCUACUCCGGCCUUCCACCACGACGCCUCCGUUGUGACGCAGGUCCGCUUCCCCAUGUCACCAUUCAACUUCCGGUCUACAAAGAAGGACUGCACGCCGUCAUCGAGCCCACCGUUCGCUCUUUGAAAGCAGCCAUGUCGACGUACGAGAUGCAAGGCGGGACUGCAAAUAUCUUCGUCAAUGAUGAUGGCAUGCAGAUCGUUCCCGAGGAGGACGCGCGUGCUCGUCGCGAGUUCUACGAAGAGCACAACAUGGGUUGGGUCGCUCGUCCGAAGCACAAUCCCAAGCCGAAGGAGGGGGAGGAAUUGUUCCUCCGUCGGGGCAAGUUCAAGAAGGCUUCGAACAUGAACUAUGCUAUGUGGGUCAGCAUGCGUGUGGAAGAUAUAUUGAGGGCCAUUGACCGCCACGACGAUUGGAGUCAAGAUGAAGAGACUGCAGCGUAUCAGCAGGCGCUGGCGACUGUUGUUGCAGACGAUCAAGGCCGCACUUGGGCUGACGGCGACAUUCGCAUGGGUGACUACAUCCUCAUCAUUGAUUCUGAUACCCGCGUGCCGGAGGACUGCUUCCUGGACUGCGUGUCGGAGAUGGAGCAGUCUCCCCAAGUUGCCAUCAUCCAGUACUCCUCUGGAGUGAUGAAUGUGACGGAUUCCUUCUUUGAGCGCGGCAUCACCUUCUUCACUCAUCUGGUCUACACUCAGAUCCGGUUCGCCGUUGCCACCGGAGACGUGGCUCCCUUUGUCGGCCACAAUGCCGUCCUCCGCUGGGCCGCCGUGCAAGAGAUUGCAUACGAGUGUCCCGAUGAUCAUCGCGAGAAGUUCUGGUCCGAGUGCACGGUGUCGGAAGACUUUGACAUGGCUCUCCGUCUCCAGACUGCCGGCUAUCUCGUCCGUCUGGGUGGAUACACCGGCGAUGGCUUCCAAGAAGGCGUCUCGCUGACCGUCUACGACGAGCUGGCGCGGUGGGAGAAGUACGCCUACGGCUGCAACGAGCUCAUUUUCCACCCUCUCAAGGACUGGUUCCGCUACGGCCCAUUCACCAAACUCUUCACCAACUUCCUCAAGUCCAGCAUGCCACUGCCUUCCAAGAUCACCAUUAUGGCGUACAUCGGCACGUACUACGCCAUUGGGUCCGCGUGGAUCCUGACCAUUGCAAACUACUUCCUCACCGGCUGGUUGAAUGGCUACCUCGACCACUACUACCUCGACAGCUUCCGGGUGUACUUCUCCAUCAUCAUCGUCUUCACCGCCAUGGGCAACGUCGCGCUGGCAGUGCUACGCUACCGCACGAAGGAAAAGACACUACUGCGCGCCCUGAUUGAGAACCUCACCUGGAUCCCCCUCCUGACCAUCUUCCUCGGCGGCAUCUCGCUGCACGUCUCGCAGGCCCUCCUCUCGCACAUGUUCAGCAUCGACAUGAGCUGGGGCGCGACGUCCAAGGAAGCGGAGAACACCACCUUCUUCGAGGAGGUCCCCAAGAUCAUCCGCAAGUUCAAGUUCACCUUCAUCUUCUGCUUCUUGUGUGCGAUUAUGAUGAUUGUCAUGGCAAGGUUCGCGCCGCCGCUGUGGAGGAUUGAUUACUUCUUUUCCAUCUGGCCGUUGAGCACGAUUGUUGUUGCGCACUUUUUCCUGCCGAUUGCGCUGAAUCCGGGGUUGAUGCGGUUUACUUGGUAG